AUGUCUUCCCCCGUCCAUACUCCCCUUGGAAGUCGGACAAACUCCACGAUACAGAACGGAUCGCGACAAAUAAGUCUUCAUGACGCGCUUCUACAGGCAGUACGAAUCAUUUUGGCAUCAAUCUACCUAUUUUAUAUUGUCUUGACAAUCCCCUUGAGUUUUGAGAUUGGUGGUAUAGACUGUGGCUUGAGCUAUUCGAUUACCAUUUUAUUCAUCUACUUUUCGCUUGCAACUUUGAGAGUCCUCAAAUAUCAUCGCAUCAUUUCAUCAUUCCUAUACUACAUGCAACAUUUAUUGCUCCCCAGUCUUUUAUCUAUUUUCCUAACUGUUUUCACAUCGUCAGAGGCUGGAACUCUUGUCAACGGCGCGGGCUGGAAAUUUAUCAUCAAAGCAUGGAAGCUAUUCCUCUUAAACUCGACACCACUCUUUACAAUUCUCGAAGGCUUUUGCUCUCUUUUGUCCAUUCAAGCUAUCGGACAAAUGUCGCAAUAUCUCAUCAAGCACAAGUCGGAUUCUUGGUCGAUAGUCAAUCUGAUCACGAGUGCUUGCAUACUAUCCGCAUGCUUGUUCUUCUUUGUCAAGAUCUAUGUGUCACCAAUUGACCUUCAACGAGUUGGAUUGGUGUCAGCUUCUCUUUUGGGAUCUGCUUUCACCUGCACUAUCUUGAUCACAAUUUUUGGAAUAUACACGGGAAAGGCAUCGCCUUUAGAAUGCUCGUUAAUGGUUGCCUACAUUGUCAAGUGUUGUUAUGAACUGUUCCCAGAGCUCUCUGAGAUGAACUUCAAUUCAUUACUCAAAUUCAUUAUGACAGAGUUCAAAAACUUGGACUACCAAGCAAAUUCCCUCAAUAAAGAGUUCCUCACUUCGAUUCAAACCACGUUCAAAAACUUCAAAACGGGAAAGGACUUGCUAGACUUUUUGCACUUUGAGUUUUUGGCCAAGUCUUCCACUAGAGACAAGUUUUUAUUGGUUUAUUUGAAGCUGAAGGAAUUCAUUGUGGAUGUUAUUUUGAAGUUCAUUACUGAAAACUUCCCCAAGUCUUUUGAAUCCCUGUGGGAUUUUUUGAAAAUAUCGAUCAGCAAUCUCACCUUUUCGAUUCUGAUCCAGCUCGCAUACAGAAUCUCUGUUUUUUUCGCCGCAACCAAAAUCAUACCUAUCCUUCAACCCGUGCAGAAGAGCUCGCCAUUAUCAACUCCAUCCUCACCAACACCGGUGAAGAUCGCCAAGUCCACAUCUAAGGGCCAGAAAAAGUCUGCUUCCAGUCGUCUUAUUUAUCUGUACUCGCCAUGCAUCAUCAUUGCUGUUUAUACCAACUUGAUGAUUCAGUACAUUGAUGAACUAGAUACCCAAAACCACAUAUGGAACUGGCUGAUUCCUCAGUUCGGUUUCUUUGAGCCACAUGCUCCCGAACCAAACAGCUCGGUGCAUUCGUGGCAGUUUUGGAAUUGGAUCAACAUUUUUGGUGUCCUUCUGCUAUAUUUCCUUGAGCUCGUGAGCCACGACCCAGACGACAGCUCGCUGACUGAUCACUGGAGCAUAUGA